AUGUCUGCUUCUACAGGUGUUAAUGUCCUCCGCUGGUCCGCCCUCGGCUUCGGCGUCUUCUACGGCGCAUACCACCAACUCAGCUUAAGCGCACGCGACAAGGCCAACGCAUCGAAGAAGGAGUGGGAGCACAAGGAGUCGUUGAUCAGGCAGGCAAAGGCCGAAUGGGCACGGUCGCAUCCUGAGCCAAAGGCUGCGGUCUCAGCAAACGCAAACGACCCCAACGCCGACCUCAACACCAUCCUCGGCAUCACAGACAACUGA